UCCCUUGUUUUUAGUACAGCUUCUAGGCUGCCCUUCUCCUUUCUUCUUGUAAUUAAGAGAGAUGGAUUCAUGCACAUUCUUGUUUUAAUUCUAUGCUGUAGGUUCGAGUGUUAUGUGAGAAAGCAAAGGAGAUACUAAUGGAAGAAAGCAAUGUCCAGCCUGUGAAAAGCCCUGUAACAAUUUGUGGCGAUAUUCAUGGGCAGUUUCAUGAUCUUGCUGAACUUUUUCGAAUUGGAGGAAAGUGUCCAGAUACCAAUUACUUGUUUAUGGGAGAUUAUGUGGAUCGUGGCUAUUAUUCUGUUGAAACUGUUACGCUUUUAGUGGCGCUGAAAGUGCGUUAUCCACAGAGGAUUACUAUUCUUAGAGGAAACCAUGAAAGUCGUCAGAUUACUCAGGUUUAUGGAUUUUAUGAUGAAUGUCUGCGAAAGUAUGGCAAUGCAAAUGUUUGGAAGAUCUUCACAGACCUUUUUGAUUAUUUUCCAUUGACUGCCUUGGUUGAAUCAGAAAUAUUUUGCUUGCAUGGUGGAUUGUCCCCAUCCAUUGAGACCCUAGACAAUGUAAGGAACUUUGAUCGUGUUCAAGAAGUUCCGCAUGAAGGCCCGAUGUGUGAUUUAUUAUGGUCUGACCCAGAUGAUCGAUGUGGUUGGGGAAUAUCACCUCGUGGUGCUGGAUACACUUUUGGCCAGGAUAUAUCUGAACAAUUCAAUCACACAAACAACUUAAAGUUGAUUGCUAGAGCUCAUCAGCUGGUCAUGGAUGGGUUUAAUUGGGCACAUGAACAAAAGGUGGUUACCAUAUUCAGCGCACCUAAUUAUUGUUAUCGUUGUGGAAAUAUGGCCUCUAUUUUGGAAGUUGAUGAUUGCAAGGGCCACACAUUUAUUCAGUUUGAACCAGCUCCUAGGAGAGGCGAACCUGAUGUCACCCGUAGGACACCUGAUUACUUCCUUUGAAGCGGUUGCCUUCACUAGUCCAGUUUCGUUUACUCUGCAAUGCUUCCUGCUUCUUCCUCUCCUCAAAUUUAGCUGGCUUUUGAUCAUUUUAGCAGGCCUUUGUCUGGUUGAUGGCAAGUUCAAUCUAAAGCGUGUAAAAUAUAUAGCCAAAGAAGAUGCAUUUGAUUUAGCUUACUCUAGAAAGCUUGAUGGAUUUUUGCUGAGAGCUUGCCUAUCUGAUGAGAUUGACAGCACCAGGAUGUGUUAAUUGUGUAGAUAUUCUGCUUCUAUUUUGUUUAUCAUCCCUUUUCUCUUUCUUCCUCGCUCUCUUAUUAUAUCCUUAUGGGACCUAAAGAGGAAAAGGAUUUAUGUCUAUUGGGUGAUCACUGUCUUUUGUUUACAUUUGCUUCAUUUUUAUUGAACUGAUGAUGUGAUGUUCUAA